GUCCAGUCCCAGUUGUCCCAGAUCCAGACUCAACAGCAGCAGAAUCAGAACCAGCUGACCCAGAGUCAGAAAGAGCUUCAGCAAGCCAAGACCCAUAGCCAGCAGUUCCAGAACCAGUUGAAAGCAGCUCAGUCUCAGUCUCAGGCCCGGCAGAACCAGAUCCAGCAGAUCCAGAGGGAGCUCCAGCAGGCUAAAGAGGCCCUUCAGCAGAACCUGCUCAAUCAGAAGGAGCUACAGCAGACCAAUCAGAGCAGUCAACAGAGCCACAACCAGGAAGUCAGCAACCUCAAGACUGCUCUCAGCCAAUCAGAGAGCAAGGUGACUGAGAUUCAGGGCCGCCUGGACAGCCUGCAGAAGAUGUUUGAAGAGCGUGAAGCCGACAACAAGCGUCUGCAGGAGCAGCUAACUGAAGCUAACAAAGCUAACCGAGCAACGCAGGCCUGCCAGAACCAGAGUUCCCCGUCCAUCCAGGCCAGUGAUGCUAACGUUGUUACUGACGCUAACCAUGCCCAACAAGAGGAGCUUGCAAAACUCAGACAAGAGAUGUCUGAAAGCAAGGCCAGAGAGGAGCAGCUCAAAAAGCAGAUAGCUGACAAAGAGGAAAAGACUAAAAAGGUCUUCAUGGGAGCCAAGACCAAAAUCAACCAACUAAACAGUAAGUCCCAUGAGCAUGUACACUACAUUGAAAACAUGCUGAAGCUCCUUUGUUCCUUUGCCUUAAAGAGCAACUUGCAG